GCAUGUCCCAGGUGUACUCUGUUUAAGUAAAGGCAUGAGGUCAGAGCACCGAUGGUUCCCAUCAAUGCAAAGGCCCCUCUCCAUAUUGUAGCCAUGGAUUUUUUGACGUUGGGUCGACCCAUGGACCGCUACCAAAACAUUCUUGUGGUCACUGACUUAUUCACUAAAUAUGCUUGGGCUAUCCCCACCCUAGAUCAAACAGCGAACACCACUGCCACGGCCCUAUGGAGAACUGUCUUCCAGCCAUUUGGAUGCCCCGAGUUCCUGCAUUCAGACCAGGGGCCAAAUUUUGAAUCACGGGUAAUCCGGGAGCUUUGUCAAUUGUAUGGCUGUACGAAGACGCAUACUACAUCGUACCACCCCCAGGGAAAUGGAGGAUGCGAGAGGUUUAACCAGACCUUGCUGGGGUUGUUGGGUACCCUGGAUCAAGGACGUCAGGACGACUGGGUGAGUGCCUUGCCAAAUUUGCUCCAAGCCUACAAUAACAGCGUACAUAGCACUACGGGGUAUGCCCCCACUUACCUGAUGUUUGGCAGACACGUGCGGAUGCCUAUAGAUCUGAUGUUGGGAGCAGCAGCGAACGAGGAGGAAGUGAGUUUGACGGAAUGGGUGGGACGUCACCAUCAGCGCCUGCAUUUCGCCUACGAGCAGGUCACAAAGCAGAUACAGACGGCAGGGGUUAGGAACAAGAGGCUAUAUGAUCGGACGGCCCGAGAUGCUCCUCUACUCCCCGGAGAAAGGGUCCUCAUACGAGAUAACCGGCGGCAAGGAAAAGGGAAGUUGAGCGAUCGAUGGGAAACCAUCCCGUACGUAGUCCAAAGCCAACAGCGGCCUGGGCAACCUGUGUACACGAUCCGGCCAGAAGGGAAGCCCGGGCCGGACCGCGUGGUCCAUCGUAAUAUGAUCCGGCCCUGUCCGAACUAUCCUAGCCCCGUGGAAGAGGCUCCAAAGGAGCCAGCACCAGUAGCCCCCUGGAUCGGAGGAUGGGCUGUGGUCCCGAGAGACCCAGUGGAUGCACCCGCUUUGGCCGCUCCAAGAGGACCUUAG